UCUGCUUCAGUGUCGGGGAGGAGUCGGGGGCGGGGCUGGAGCCCGAGCCGCCGGGUGACGUCACCACGCUUCCGGCCGGAGCGGGCCUGGCAGCGGCGGGACCGCGUCACUGGGGCGCGCCGCGGGUCCGGGCGCGAUGGCGGCGCUGGGCGGGGACGGGCUUCGCCUGCUGUCGGUGUCGCGGCCGGAGCGGCAGCCCGAGUCGGCGGCUCUGGGCGGUCCAGGCCCCGGUUUGUGCUGCUGGGUGUCCGUGUUCUCUUGUCUCAGCCUCGCCUGCUCCUAUGUGGGCAGCCUCUACGUCUGGAAGAGCGAGCUGCCCAGGGACCAUCCUGCCGUAAUCAAGCGGCGCUUCACCAGUGUCCUGGUAGUGUCAAGUCUCUCGCCCCUCUGCGUGCUACUCUGGAGGGAACUUACAGGCAUCCAGCCAGGCACAUCCCUGCUCACCCUGAUGGGAUUCAGGCUGGAGGGCAUUUUUCCAGCAGCGCUGCUGCCCCUGCUGCUGACCAUGAUCCUUUUCCUGGGCCCACUGAUGCAGCUCUCUAUGGAUUGCCCCUGUGACCUGGCAGAUAGGUUGAAGGUUGUCCUAGCCCCUCGCUCCUGGGCCCGCUGCCUCACAGACAUGCGCUGGCUGCGGAACCAAGUGAUCGCCCCCCUGACAGAGGAGCUGGUGUUCCGGGCCUGCAUGCUGCCCAUGUUAGCACCGUGCACAGGCCUGGGCCCUGCUGUGUUCACCUGCCCACUCUUCUUUGGAGUUGCCCAUUUUCACCACAUUUUUGAGCAGCUUCGUUUCCGCCAGAGCAGUGUGGGGAGCAUCUUCUUGUCUGCAGCGUUCCAGUUCUCCUACACAGCUGUCUUCGGUGCCUACACUGCUUUCCUCUUCAUUCGCACAGGACACCUGAUUGGGCCGGUUCUCUGCCACUCCUUCUGCAAUUACAUGGGCUUUCCUGCCGUAUGUGCGGCCCUGGAGCAUCCGCAGAGGCGGCUCCUGCUGGCAGGCUAUGCCCUGGGUGUGGGAUUCUUCCUGCUUCUGCUCCAGCCCCUCACGGACCCUAAGCUCUACGGCAGCCUUCCCCUUUGUGUGCUUUUGGAGCGGGCAGGGGACUCAGAGGCUCCCCUGUGUUCCUGACCCACGCUCCUGUACACACUCCUAUGAACUCUCAUGGGCUUCCCAGCCCCUCCCCAUCAAGGGGUACUGCAGGGGAGGAGCUGGCUGGGGUCCCCGAGAACUCAGGAAUUUUUGUAGGGGAUUGAAGCCAGAGCUAGUUGAAUCCCAGGGACCAAGAGAAAGGAGUAGAUAUCCAAAGGAUGUGGCCCCUCCUGAAAGGGGGUUGAGGAGCAGCCAGGAGUGAGGGGACAAGGGGCGGGUCCCAGGAGCCGUGCACUCCCUUCCUCACUUUGGACUGUUGCUUCUCUGAGCUGCUCUGUCCCCCCUGCCUCUGAAAAGCUGCUCGGGGGUGGAAUUUACAAAAACCCUCCCCCCACCUUCCCAGGGUUUUCUCAUUGUCUUUUUGCAUCAGGACUUUGUAUUGGGAUAUUAAAGAGAUUUAACUUGGGUAA